AUGAUUUAUGUUCACCACAUUGAAUUAUCAUUGAAUUCAGUUUCGUAAGUUUAAAUAUUAAACUGAAAGUGAAAUCAAAGAUAAAGUCAUCUCAUGGAACAGGGGCCAAAUCUUGUCCUACGAAGAAUUUGCAAUGGGAAAGAAUUGACAUUGAAGUUUCUGGUAUUUUGUAUUUUCUUCUUUUACAGAUUAAUCAACCCCUGAAAAUAUGUUCCAACAAUUGAAAUUGACGUUUGUGUUGAUACUCUCUAUGAGUUUCUCUUUGGAGUCUCAUGCUACAUCAGACAUUUGCAGCAUAUGCUCAUGUGACCAUUCUCAGACAAAUAUAGAUUGUUCAUCUCGGGGACUGACUUCGAUCCCGCAACCCAUUCCACCGAAUGUUGAAUAUUUGAAUUUGGCUGAAAACGAUAUCCAAGCAAUCAAUGAAAAAACUUUCCAAAAUCUCUCCAGUUUAGAAACUCUAUAUUUGAAUGGAAAUAAUAUCGACAAAAUUGAAAUAGGGACAUUCGAUGAUCUGACCAGGUUAACAUAUCUAUCUUUGAGUUCUAAUGAUAUCAAAGAACUCAAACCAGACACCUUCCGAAAUCUGUCCAGUUUAACAAGUCUGUAUUUGAGUCAUAACGAUAUCCAAGCAAUCAACGAAAAAACUUUCCAAAAUCUCUCCAGUUUAAAAACUCUGUAAGUUGAA